GCACUUCCGCUAGCCGUCGCUAGCUAAACAAACAUGGCUCUGCUACCUUUUCGGACAACGGACCUUGACGAUACGUAGGCCAGCAGGACAACGAGGGGGAAACAUGCAACGGAUGGAAAGGCGUCGUGUUGUUUUUUCUGUGCAACUUUAGCUUAAGGGGAGCGGCGUCUCCUUGUCGUUUUGGCCCGGAGAAGCCCUUCGUGGCCGCCGCGUCUGCAACGCAGCGAGCUCACCCCAGCUGGCUAAUGGAAGCUAGCUGCAGCAAAAUGGACCUUGGAACUAUGCUGUACAACAAUUUAAAAGAUGUUACUUGGAGCACGACCUCCUUGCCUUUAGACCAGCUCGUCAGUGCUUAUAAGCUGCCACAGAUAGUCAGACUGGAUAACGGUCAGCUCGUGGAAGGGCUCCGAGACAACGACUACCUCUUGGUUCACUCCUGCCGGCAGUGGACCACUAUCACUGCUCACAGUCUAGAGGAGGGACACUACGUGAUUGGGCCCAAGAUAGAGAUCCCGGUCCAUUAUGAAGGUCAGUUCAAGCUUCUGGAGCAGGACAGAGAUGUCAAGGAGCCUGUGCAGUACUUCCACAGUGUGGAGGAGGUGGCCAAGGCGUUCCCUGAGAGGGUGUACGUCAUGGAGGAAAUCACCUUCAACGUUAAGAUGGCUUCGGGCGACUCCAACGAAGACACGGAGGUCUACAACAUAACACUAAGCACCGGGGACGAGCUGACGCUGAUGGGCCAGGCCGAGAUCCUUUACGCCAAGACCUCCAAGGAGAAAUCGCGGCUCAACACCAUUUUCAAGAAGAUCGGCAAGCUCAACUCCAUCAGCAGGAUCGGCCGGGGCAAGAUGCCCUGCUUGAUCUGCAUGAACCACCGCACCAACGAGAGCAUCAGCCUGCCCUUCCAGUGCAAAGGCUGGUUCAGCACCUGCAGCCCGCUGGAGCUGCAGAUGCAGGACGGCGAGCACACCAUCAGGAACAUCGUGGAGAAGACGCGGCUCCCGGUGAACGUGGCCGUCCCCGCCGCGCCGCCCCGCAACCAGUACGACCUGCACGUGAUCCGCGAGGGCCACCGCUACAAGCUGGUCAACGUGCAGACCAAGACGGUGGUGGUGUGCUGCAUCCUGCGGAGCAACAAGAUCGUGCCCUUCCACUUCCCCUUCCACGCGGCCAUGCCCAGGUUCCUGGUCCCGGAGGAGCUGCUGCAGGGCGAGCUGUGGCUGGAGACCAUGGUGCACCGCUGGUUCUCCUUCUGCCAGGAGCAGUUCGACAUAGACGGCUACUCGCGGGCCGUGCGGGACGUGCGCGCAGACCGCAGCGACGACGGCAAGAGCCCGAAGAAGAGCAGCGGGAACGGCAGCUGCGGCGGCGGCUCCAACGGCUGCCCGGGCCACAAGCAGGUGCCCAGCUCUCUGACCUACGCCCGAGACGAGCUCACCCAGUCCUUCCACCGCCUCUCCGUGUGCGUGUACGGCAGCAACCUGCACGGCAACAGCGAGGUCAACCUGCAGGGAUGCAUGACGCUGUGCGGGGACUGGGCCCCCCUGCCCCCCGACGGCAGCCAGGCCGAGCCGGGGGAGAGCGAGCGCCAGUUCCCCGAGCCGGCGGACUGCACGGGCCAGCACGCGUACCUCAACAAGCUGGACGUUCCCUACGAGGAGCUGUGGCUGGAUCACCUGAAAGGGCAGAGCGGGAAACCUCCGGGCGACGGCGGGAGAGCCGCGGCCGACGACUGCGCGACGACGGCGGCGGCGCUGUCGUAUCCGGUCACGUGUCCUCUCGGCGCCGCGCCCAGUUUAGACGUUCCUCUGACUCCACCGCCUGUCCCGCCUAAGUCUGAAGCUGUGAAGGAGGAAUGUCGCCUUUUGAAUGCUCCGCCCAUCCCUCCCAGAAGUAUGAAGCAGCUGCCGUCUUUGCCCAUCCCGUCGAAGCCCCGCCAGCAGGACACUCGCUCUCCGAGUCCAACGCUUUCCUAUUAUUCUUCUGGUCUCCACAACAUCAGCGGAGGAAGUGAGCAAGAGGGGGCCGACCUACUGGAGCAGAGCCACGUCUGCUACCCCUGCAGCUGGGGUAAAUCCAGCAGCAUGGAGAAAAGACCCGCCUCGCCCGGCGGAAGCCCGCCGUCCGACGGCGUGUCGUCCCGUUUGUCUUGGCCUAACAACUUCAGCGGGGGAGACUCGCGCUGCCUGGACGAGUUUGUGCCCGCGAGCUGCCGGAGCUACUUCAGCUACCCCAGAAAGAGGACCCCGAGUUCCUCGAAGACGUGCACGUCCAGUCUGGACGACUUUGACCGGCGGGAGCGCGCACGCUGCAGCGGGGAGUUCAGCUCGCAGAAGGGCCCUCUGGACCAGAUCUGCACCAAAUCUUCAAGCUACAACUCAGAAAUGUACAGAAACAAGCCGAUAGAGGAAUCAAACAGUAAACAGAGCUUAUCCUGCCCCAUCCUCCCACCAAGAACACCUAAAUCCAAUGCCAUCAAGGCGUGCCCAGACUUCCCCUCGGAGUGUGCCCGUGACGCCCCACAGGGGGCCGUUACUCAAACCGAGCCGGGACAGGACAUCUGCUCCCCCUGCAGCUCCGCAGCUCCAAACUGUCGCCCCGUUUCUCCCACGGCGGCUCAGUGGCAGCCGCCUUUAGACUUGUCCGGCAUCUCCAUCGAAGAGGUGUCCAAGUGUCUGAAGUUCAUCGGCCUGCCGGACGACAUCGUUUGCCUGUUCGUGUCCGAGAAGAUCGACGGCAAUCUCCUCCUGCAGCUCACCGAGGAGAUCCUGUCCGAAGACUUCCAGCUGAGCAAGCUGCAGGUGAAGAAACUGGUGCAGUUCAUGAAUGGCUGGAGACCCAAGAGUAUGAAACACUAAGUGUGGUCGUGAAGCUAAGAACUCAAUGCCUUCAGUAUAUACGCUAUGCACAGAACGCCGCACACCGGCUGGGGAUUUUCCUCCGAUACGUUGAAGUCAUUUCCGUUACUACGUCGUGGGGAACGUACUGCGGCUGGGUGAUGUCCUCACGCUCUCCGGCAGCCUGGGACGUCAACCGAGCAAAACAAUUUGGCACUUUCACAAAGGCAUAUUUACGCCAGAAUCUUAGUAUGUCUCUCUCUCCACGGCCUACGAAAGUCAAUGACGCGAAAGAGAUUUGAAUCCACAAAUCAAGCUCAAACGGAGGCAAAUGUGAUGAAACUAAGGAUGCUAGUAAAUUGAUUACGAUUUUUUUAGAGCACAAACUACAUGUCUGUCUUAAAAGUAACGCAAAAAGUAUAUAAAAAAAAACGGUAUUUUAACUACAUCCAAAAAUACACUAUACUCUAGUUGAAGGGAAAGUUUUUUUUUUUCAAGAGGUUUUGUUGAUUGAUUAUAAGCACUUUAUAUCCUACCUGCAAUAGCUAACUCUUGCUGUCUUCAUUAAAUUUACUUUUUCUUUAUCAAUUCUUCAGUCUAUUUUGCUGAAAUUGCUCACAUACAAUAAAAAUAAAAGGUCAAUGUAGCCAAUUUAGUUAGCGUAGGGGUCUGAGGCUGAUGAGCUAGCUGGAGAGGAGCUGAGGCCAAAGCAGACUACCAUCCGUAAAACAACGGCAAUCGUACAACUGUCCCAGCGGGUGUGUGGAGCAUACUUUAAGAGCUCUUAAGUCAUCUUCAUGUUUGCAGUGGGUGGGUAUGUACGAUCAGUGGCAAAGGAAAGGGUGAGUUGCAGCUGAAGCUUGUGGCUCAGCAUGCGGGAGGGUCACUUGGCGACGGUAGCUGUUGAGUAAGAGAUGAUGCCCGACGAGGUGUCCAUUAUCAGUAAUUAGUGGACGACGCGGAGCAUUUCUGUUAAUGGACACCUCGAACGGCAUUAUCACAUUUAUACAACGGUCACUUUCGAAAUAAAUAUUAAAUUAGUUACUAAUACUCAAAUGUUUUUUUUCCCCUGUUAAAAUCAUAACUUUUUCACAAGAUGCAGCAAAGAGAACCAUUUAAUAUCUCUCGUUCUGACGCCUUGCCAAGGUAACCAAUGUGACUGUUGUCGUUACCAGCUAACGUUUGAGCUAGCUAAUUUAGAGCAAUCAGGCUAUUUGACUGAAACUUUUUUUAUUGGUUCCCUAUAACGCUUUUUAAGGACACCUUCUUUUACUGACUCGGGACAUAAAAAGUAAAAAAAACCUGUAAAACCAUUUUAUGGCUGACAAACUUUAUGCUAACAAAAGACAGCUGCUGUUGCCUUGGUGGUCUGGCUGUUAACUCCCUGCUGGUUAACACCUGCUCUGACAUAGCUCAACCACUUUUGCAACAUUGAUAACCUUUGCAGCAAAACUACUCACGUUGGCAUUUUUUUAUUUUAUUUAAUUUUUUUCUGCCAAUAAGCAGUCAGUCAUGCAUCUGUUCCCACGUGUUCAUGUUGGAAGGGUCUUUCUUUCAUAAAAAGACCAAUAUGAACUGGUAUAUGGUGAAGCCCCUGUCCUAUGCAAUACAGAAGUUCAGAUAGCGUGACAUUCUCCAUAUAUGGUACUCACUUCCUGUUUUUAAGACAGGAGUGGCUACAAAGGCUCUUUUUGUUGUCAAAGUGCGUUUGAAAUUAUUUCUGCCUUGACAAAACAACAGAUUUAAACUUUUAUUAUUGUUUCUAAAACAUUUUGUGUUAAAAUGUUUACUUAAUUAUUGAUAAUCUAUGACUCCGUUUGAGGUUUUAUUAUAUGACAGUGGAAGUCUGCUUUGGGCUUGGCCCCUUUUGGACAAGCUGUGUAUAAAAAUCUUUGGGUCUUCAGACUCCAGGUCCAACCAAUCAGAUUUUCUGCUCGUGGUACUUCAUUAGAGCUCAAAGCAUCAGCCGUGGCAUUAGUUAAUACGAAUGAUGAGUGAAUAAAUGCUAAAUGAACAAAACCAGGCUUCAGGAAAGUAUUACACGGAAGAACAUUUGCUUAAGUGACAAGCGCAUAACCCGACCUGAGUUUGUUGUUGUGCCCGACAGAAACACGCUUACCUUAUAUGCAAACCGUGUUUAUGAUACCGUGUGAAGGUUACAAUGAUUUCCACCGACUACAUGAGAGUGAGAUUGUGCCCUAACUCUGAAACUAACAUGACUCUGAUCCUCGCCAAACACAAAUUAUGCACCAUGAACUUUGGCAGACUCUAAGUUAAUAAUGCAGUUGGGUUUAAAGCCUAUUGAAGUGUUUUUUUUUUUUUUUU